AAAUUAUGAUCGGCACUUGUAGCUGCAAAGAAGAAAUAAAAAUGCAAGCCAAUGCAGUUCUUAUACACAAAUCUACAGCUUCUCCCUUUUUUUACACUCCACGUAAUACCGCAUUCUCGUAAAUGAUAUGACCAUACAAGUUCAAUCAAAAUCGUCUUGAAACGCCUUUGUGAGGUUCAUGAAUUAAGUGCUGGUCCCUGCUAAAAGACGUGCAGGGGCUAUCGAUGCCAGAUGGACUCCUCCCCUGGCAACUACCACUUACCUUUUCAGGAUUAUUUCUAAAUAAUUUGUACAAGUUGUAAAUUGUUUGAAAUUAUAUAGAGAGAAAAAAGUUCCCCAAAUGCAAGAAAUUGCCAACUGAUCAGCAGCAAGGAGCGUGUGCUGUGAAUUUCUUCUGCUUUGUUUGGAUUAAAUUAAGAAUUCUCUUUCUCUCUCUCCCCAUCAGAGAUUUGAUUAUUUUGGCUUCUCCAACUUAGACAUGGGAGAGGCUCAAGAAGUGCAACCGCACAUCCCUGAUACAACCAAGAAAUGCAACUACGAGCAAUACGAGUUAUUAAUCUUGUACCAGUUAUACUAUAUGUUCCCUUGCCAGGGCAGGAAGCUAAAGAGGGAACCCCAACUGAGCACUCAAAUGUAGCCAACCAGCCAAUAGCCCUUCAACAAAAGAACUUUAGCUGGUGGCUCCGAAUAGCCAUCUUCACAUUCUUCCUUCUUGCAGGCCAGACAGUGGCUACAAUCUUGGGAAGAUUGUAUUAUGACAAAGGUGGAAACAGCAGGUGGAUGGGAACGUUGGCGCAAACUGCUGCCUGCCCUCUUAUCUUUCUCCUUUACUUCAUAUCACCACUCAACAAUCCCCCCACAAAAGAUAUCAACUCAAAUUCACCAUCUACUUUGGUGCUUCUAUUGAUUUAUAUCAUAUUUGGGGCAUUUCUAGCAGCAAAUAGCACACUUUAUUCACUGGGGCUCCAGUACUUGCCAGUGUCUACCUACACUCUAAUAUGCGCAUCACAGUUGGGCUUCAAUGCUUUAUUUUCCUUCUUUAUCAAUUCCCAAAAGUUUACUCCUUUCAUUAUCAAUUCUGUAGUUCUUCUCACAAUCUCAUCUACCCUCCUUGUAUUCCACAAUGACUCUACAGAAUCAAAACAUGUCUCCAAAAGGAAGUAUGUGAUUGGCUUUACAUGCACUGUUGGUGCUUCUGCUGGGUAUGCGUUGAUGCUUUCUCUAGUACAAUUCUGUUUCAGAAAAGUGUUAAAACAGGAAAAUUUCAAGGUGGUUUUGGAUAUGGUUUUCUACCCAUCACUAGUUGCCACUCUAGCUAUCCUGGUGGGACUUUUCGCGAGUGGCCCAUGGAAGGGAUUAAGGAGAGAUAUGGAGGAAUUUGAACUGGGAAAGGUUUCCUACAUGAUGACUUUGAUCUGGACUGCUAUUGGUUGGCAGGUUUUCAAUAUUGGCUCUAUAGGAUUGAUCUUUGAAGUUUCUUCACUCUUCUCUAAUGUCAUCAGUACUUUUGGUCUGCCUACUGUUCCUGUGCUGGCUGUCUUCAUUUUCCAUGAAAAAAUGGAUGGUUUGAAAGUGAUUGCAUUGGUUUUGGAUAUGUGGGGAUUUGUUUCAUAUGUGUAUCAGCACUAUCUUGAUGAACAUAAGUGCAAGACUGAAAUAAACAAUGUCUGUGAAUAGCGGGUGAUAGUGGUUGUCGAAACCUUCAAAAAUAAAUCUAUUAUCAACCAACAAAAUAAUUUGGCAAUAGGGUCGAACCACAAGAAUUUGACACUUACGAAUUUUCCUAUUAAUAACUUGGACAAGUAAAUAACAAAUAAUUAAAAGAGGGGGUUUUGAUUUGAUGAGUUAAUAUUAAAUAGCAAGAGAAAACAAUAAU